AUGGGAAUUACCGGCCCUGAGCGGCAGAAGAUCUUGGUGGCAUCGCUCAAUGGGAAUCAAAACACCACUGAGGAGAGAGUCACGGAGGCAAUUCUGAUCCAUGCAGACAUUAAAGAAAGCAAACUUCAGGUGAUGUUGGGAAGGGUUGCACUCUUUGGCAAAGUUUUCCGCUGGCUGGAUUUUGAUGGUGACGGGACCCUCUGCUUGCCUGAAGUCCUCCGAAUGAUGGAGUUGCUGAAUAUCGACCUGAAAUUGGCGGCAGAUUUAAUGGCCUUUUUGGAUACCGAUGAUUCCGGUGAAAUCACCUGGCAGGAAUUCGUCCGCGGAAUUUGCACGGAUGAAUUCUCAGUACUUUUUCCACAGAUCACCCUGGAAGCUCUCGUCGAGCUUCCGUCAAGCUUGCAGCAGAAUAAGCUCGUCAGUGCAGAAGAAGAGAGACAGGCCAUCGCAGAAUUACCCAGCAUUGAGAAGUCCUUGUACUGGGUCAUGUCCAUCAUGUACGGUUCAGCAGCCGAAAAGCUUGACAAAGAGAACAGCUUUGACUUAGACCUCACAGAGAUUCCCGCUCGUUUCAAAGCGUCCAAAGAUGCAGCAACCGACACGGCUACGGACAGUCCCACCAUUCCUGGAAGUCCAACCAACGCCAAGGUUGCUUGGGAACCAGCUCAGCCCAAGGAUGACCUACAGAUCACUGAGGUCACACAUCCGCAUGCCAUGGCAGCCAUGGCAGAUGUUCAUUGUCUUGUUGUUCGCAGAGAGCAUCGAACUGCUACACCCGUCCGCCCUGCCAUUAUCCAUCCCAAGCUUCCUGAUGAAGACAUUAGCACGCAUCCACAUGCCAUGUCUGUAGCUGAUGUUCGUUGUCUUGUUGUCCGCAGAGAACCUCGAAAUCCUACAGCGGUCCGGCCGGCAAUUAUUCAUCCCAAGCUUCCUGAUGAGCAGACCCACACACAUAUGCAGGGUGUUCGUUGUUUCGUUGUCCGAAAAGAGCCUCGAACUGCUACAGCGGUCCGCCCUGCAGUUAUUCAUGCCAAGCUUCCUGAUGCCGAGCUUCAGUGGGUUCAAUUCCCAGAGGCUCAAAAACCCAGAACUCCAAACAUACCCGAGGCGAUGCCCUGCAUGGAAAUCGAGCCUGAAAAGCCUCAGGAAAAGCAACGGAAGAUCAGUAAUAGCAGUUAUGGCCAAGCUGCUGCUGUACUUAGCUCCGCCCUCUCUGGCUUGAGUGGUGUUGCAACUGGUGUUGCCAAUGGUUUGGCAUCUGCUUUUGGACUCCCUUCCAAGGAUAGCAACAAAAGGCCUCGGAUGUCCGUGGCAGAAGCAGCGAAUGUGAUCAAAUCCAUGACGGUCAAGAAGGCUGGUAAGGCACAUGUUCUGAAUGAACAAAAACGUCGGAGCCUUUGGCGUUGCAGGUAUGCAGCGAUUUUAACUGGAGUGUUAGCUGGGGUGGGUGCAGCCUUUCUAGCACAGCUUCUGAAUGACUACACUUCAACACUUGUUGAUGAAGAUGAAGACUACAUCAUGUGGAAUGUGGUUGCAGGUUCGUUCUCCUUGUUGUGGUCCCUAGCCGAAAUGAUUGUUUGCUGUAUUGCUGCACUGGUGGCUACAGUCAGAAUGACUCGAAUAUGUGGCAUGAUACUGGUACCGAUGGACAAGGAGCGUGCAAUGUUAGCCGGAUCUUUGGCUCGCUCUGCUUUGGAACUGGGGCAUCCCAAAGUACGCACCUUCGGAAUUGAUCCUUACAAACGAGCCAACAAAUACCUGCUGCUGAUUUAUGCCCUGAUCUAUAUGGGAAGUCGUGGUAUUACCAAAUUUAUCGCCAAAUUGCUCAUGAAGAAGGUGGCACCCAGGACUCUCCUGAAAGUCACGAAGUUUGCUCCGCUUUUAGUGGAGGUUUUGAUCAAUGUGCUCUUCAAUUCAGUGACUGUAAACUAUGCCAUGAACGAAGUCAUGAUUUGCUCCCUUGGACCUUCUGCGACAAUUGAGGUCACGAGCCAGCUGAUUAAAGCUCGUCGACACUCCGAAAAUGUUGAAGAGCCUCUGUCCGAUGAGGUGAAACUCUUGGCUUUACGAGCCGUUGGUGUUUCCAUUACCUAUAAGAUGCAACUGCAUCCCAACUCACGUUUUCUCUUGAACCACAUUGUGGGUCUUUUUGCAGAUCAGAGCUUUGUAAAGAGGGCCAAGGAAGAGUAUUUUGAGCUGAAAGGUGGCCUUGCUGUUCAGCGUACAAAGAGUACAAAGAGUCAUCGUUCGCAUGCCUCUCAGCAAUCUAGGAGCCGAAAGGCUUGUUGUUUCUGUUCCAGAAAGGUUGCAGAAGUACCAGCGGAGACCUUGCACGAAGAGCUCGCAGAUUUGGGACUCGAUGAAGAAGAUCUUUUCUUUGAUGGCUUGACAGGCCUCAGUCACCGAGAUGCCCUUUUCGCCUGCUCCAUGCUGGUCCUGGCGUUGAUGCUGGAUGGGCGCAUCAGCCGGGCCGACUGGAAAUUCAUUCAGCGCGCGGCCGGAAGCGCCCGGCCGCCCUUGGAGGCCAAGUGGUCCAGCACCGUUUAUUUGGUCAAUAUGUACAACAGUGGCAGACAGAUGAAUGCAGAAAUGUUUCACCAGAUCUUUGAGACAUCCAAGGGGGCAGACGGCAUUGGCGCCGCAAGCUGUUGCGAUUAUGUCACAGAUGUGAUGCGCACCAUCUUGGAGUACACAAACUGCGACUUCCUUCAGCUCAGCGGAUCUGAUGAGCUGGCUGCGGUCUGCGAAACUGCUGCGCUGGAGGCCUCCCUUGAGGAGAUGGCAGAGGUAAUCUCCAGAGCUCAUCUGGUUGGAUUUGUGGACCUGACGAAGGAGUUGCUUCUGCGCAUGGCUGCAGCGCUGCAGAAUGCUGAGGCCACCCGUGCUGUGUGUGCAUCCUUGCCACAAGAACUGCUGUUGGAGCUGCUGGCAUUGGUGGUGGAACGGCAGAACAAAGAUGGGUUUUGA